AUGUUUGGAUGCCUGCCAGAUGGCUCACAGAGUCACGGCUCGCGGCGCGGCAUCACGUGCCAUCGCGUGAAUUGGACACACAGUGCGAUGCGCCGUGCAAGCCGACACAGGCACGGUGAUGCGGAGGUCCAUCGCGACCGCUGCAGAUUUGCUGUUCCCCAUGCACACACCAAAGAGCCAGCUGCGCUCGUGAGCGGUUUUGACCACCGACCGUCAACAAACGUGUCGACCUUGCCCGAGCACGGCGGCCGCUUCGCCAACUCCCUGCGCUCCCUGUGCUACGCUUCGCUUCGCAUGCACCUGCACGUGCAGCCGUCUCUGGUGCCAGCGCAAUCUUGCCGCAUGCCGACAUUGACGAGACUUGUUGUGUGUCUCUAA